AUGGCUGAUAUAAAGAAAAGACUCGUAUUCUCUAUCUUGCAGUUUUUGCAGCAGUCCACUAAAGACGGAACGAUUAAAGAAGAAGAUACUGAAGGUGUCGAAGUAGCAGUGCAAUGUAUUGGUGAAGCUUUUGGUGUGAACAUCGAAGAUCUUGAUCAGAAAGCACUUUAUGCCACGAAGGCUCCUUUGUUAUCAAUUUUUGAAGUAGCUGUAAAAACCCAAGAACGAAUAACUAAGGCGUCAACAACACCUAAACCUAGUACGACUACAACUAAGACGGAACUCAGUGAAGAACAAAGAAAAAAAGCUGAAGAAUUGAAAGUGGCUGGUAACCUCAAAGUGGCCGAAAAAGAUUAUAGGGCAGCAGUAAAAUUAUAUGGAGAGGCUAUUGCAAUCAACGAAAAUAAUGCUGUUUAUUAUGCCAAUAGGGCCGCCGCAUAUAGUCAAUUAGGUGAACAUGACAAGUCUAUAGAGGAUGCUAUGAAAUCUUCACAAUUAGAUCCUUCUUACAGUAAAGCAUAUAGCAGACUUGGACAUGCUUAUUUCUCUGUCGGAAAAUACCGAGAAGCGGCUGAUGCAUACGAGAAAGGCCUUUCACUUGACCCAAAUAAUUCUACUAUGAAAACGGCCCUUGCCACCGCCCAACAAAAAGCUAAUGAACUAUCCAACCAAGGAUCGUCGCGAAGUUCUUCCACGCCAGGUGGUGGUGCCGGACUUGGUGGCUUUCCUGGUUUAUCAGGACUAGGUGGUGCUGGUGGUGGAGGUCUCGAUUUUGCUUCAAUGAUGAAUAAUCCUGCUUUAAUGGACAUGGCACGUCAAAUGAUGCAAUCAGGAGCAUUUAAUAACAUUAUGAAUAAUCCUAAUGUUGCUGAAAUGGCACAAAAUAUGAUGAGAGAAGGCCAGACACCAAAUAUCAAUGAGUUAAUGAAUAAUCCUGAAAUAAUGAAUAUGGCUCGUCAAUUCGUCAAUAAUCAAAAUGGAGAGGACAAUGCCGAGGCUCCCAGUGACGAUGCACAACAAAAUAAAUAA